CACUUCUGCCUUGGUACACUCCCUCAUUCUCUCACUGCAAUGUCCACAAAUGGCAGCUAUUAGAAUCCGCUAGCUAUAAUCUCAGUCACCUAAAUGCUCAGUAAAUGAACUCGUUGGGGGGGGAUUAGCUAACAUCCCACAAAGGAUGCAUUUCUUGCGGCUGUAAUUCCCGAAAAGGGGGAGAAGAGGAAAAGAAGAUAGAAAGUCUAAACCAAGAUUGUUAAAAAAAAUAUACAAAAAAAUCUGAAUUGUUGGGCCUCACUGGUGUGUUCACUUGCUGUUCAGCUCCUGUUACUGUAAGCAGAGAUACAGCGCCUGGAUGGUCUCUGCAAUCUUGGCAGUCGUGUUCCUCCCUGUCUCCUUAGCAAUGUCUUUUUUCACAAGAGGAAUUCAGAUAGGACUCUGCUCGGCAUGGACCUGCUUCGCCCCAUUAGCAGCCACACAUGUGAGUGAACUGUCCCAUGAUGCCUGAGGUUCGGGAACUCUCAGACGCCCUGCCGGAGUUGCCCAUGGACCCCAUCACUGGUGUAGGGGUGGUGGCCUCGCGAAACAGAGCGCCUACUGGCUAUGAUGUGGUCUCCCAAACAACAGAUGGUCUUGACGCUGACUUGUGGAAAGACGGCCUGUUCAAGUCCAAGGUGACACGCUACCUCUGUUUCACCAGGGUCUUCUCGAAAGAAAACAGUCAUUUAGGUAAUGUGCUGGUGGACAUGAAGCUUAUCGACAUCAAGGACACUCUGCCUGUAGGUUUUAUUCCCAUCCAGGAGACUGUGGACACACAGGAGCAGGCCUUCCGGAAGAGGAGGCUGUGUAUCAAGUUCAUCCCGCGGGACUCCACAGAGGCAGCCAUCUGUGACAUCAGAAUCCUGGGCAGGUCCAAGCAGGCCCCACCGCAGUACACUUUCAUAGGAGAGCUCAACAACAUGGGGAUCUGGUAUCGCAUGGGUAAGGUCCCGCGUGCCCAGGAAUCUUCGCCAACUCCAACCACCAAUAACAUCCAGAACGUCAACUCGACGGCCAACACCACACCAACCCCAGCAGCCCCUCUGCCCAAACAUAUAUCCAUGACACUCCCUGCCAGUUUCAAAAGGCAAACCACUACUAGACCAGAUUUUGAACACCAGAACUCCAACCUGUACGCCAUAUCAGCAAUGGAUGGAGUGCCUUUCAUGAUCUCUGAGAAGUUUGCCUGCGCUUCCGAUGAUCUGCAGCAGGUGGAUCUGAUGGGCAUCACAAUCAAGUCCCUGACGGAGAUUGAGAAAGAGUACGAGUAUAGCUUCCGCACAGAGCACAGCGCAGCAGCGAGGCUUCCCCCCAGUCCCACACGGAUCUCCCUGGGCUCUGAGGCCUGAGCCCCCCCCCCCCAGUCCCACACAGAUCUGAGCCUCCCCCUCCUCCCCUCCAGAGAGACCUGAGCCUCUCCCUCCUCCCCUACAGAGACCUGAGCCUCUCCCUCCUCCCCUACAGAGACCUGAGCCUCUCCCUCCUCCCCUACAGAGACCUGAGCCUCUCCCUCCUCCCCUACAGAGACCUGAGCCUCUCCCUCCUCCCCUACAGAGAUCUGAGCCUCUCCCUCCUUCCCUCCAGAGAGACCUGAGCCUCUCCCUCCUCCCCUCCAGAGAGAUCUGAGCCU